UGAACGGCCCUCAGCUGACAACAGGCCAUAAAAAAAGGGACUUCUGUGCAAAGGACUCUCAUUAGACUCUGAACUGCUUGGAGCCAUGAGGGUGAUACUGUUGGCCGUGGUUUAUAUCCCAUUCAUCGUGGCUGUGGAACGAAUCCCCUUGAUUCGAUUCAAGUCUAUCAAGAAACAGCUGAAGGAAAAGGGAGAAUUAGAGGACUUUUGGAGGAAUCACCACCCUGAUGUGUUUGCCCGGAGGUAUCUGCAUUGCUUCCCUGCUGAUAUUGCUUUAUCAGUAGGAACUGCUUCAGAAAGGCUGUACGAUUACAUGAAUGCUCAGUACUACGGGGUUGUGAGCGUCGGGACGCCGCCCCAGAGAUUCACCGUCGUGUUUGACACCGGCUCCUCCAACUUCUGGGUCCCUUCCGCCUACUGCAUCAGCGAGGCCUGCAGGGUGCACCAGAAAUUUAAGUCCUUCAAGUCAGAUUCAUAUGAGCACGGAGGGGAAGCCUUCUCCCUGCAGUAUGGCUCGGGACAGCUUCUGGGCAUUGCUGGCAAAGACACGCUGCAGAUAAGUAACAUCUCCAUCAAGGGACAGGACUUCGGCGAGUCAGUGUUUGAGCCAGGAACAACUUUUGUCCUUGCCCACUUUGAUGGUGUGCUGGGCUUAGGCUACCCCUCCUUAGCAGUGGGCAAUGCUCUGCCUGUGUUUGACAGCAUCAUGAACCAGAACCUGGUAGAGGAGCCAGUCUUCUCUUUCUAUCUGAAAAGAGGAGAUGACACAGAGAAUGGUGGUGAGUUGAUUCUGGGGGGAAUAGACCAUUCUCUCUACAAAGGUUCAAUCCACUGGGUCCCAGUCACUGAGAAAAGCUACUGGCAAAUACACGUGAACAAUAUAAAGAUCCAGGGUCGGGUGGCAUUUUGCUCCCAUGGCUGCGAAGCCAUCGUUGACUCAGGCACUUCUCUUAUCACCGGCCCCUCUUCACAAAUCAGGCGACUGCAGGAGUAUAUCGGGGCAAGUCCAUCAAAUACUGGAGAGUUUCUUGUAGACUGCAGAAGAUUGUCGAGCUUGCCUCACAUUAGCUUCACGAUUGGACACCACGAGUACAAGCUGACAGCAGAGCAGUACAUCAUAAAGGAGUCUAUUGAUGACCAAACCUUCUGCAUGAGYGGCUUUCAGUCUCUCGACAUCCCCACUCGCACUGGCUCGCUCUGGAUUUUAGGAGAUGUCUUCAUGUCUGCAUUUUACUGCAUUUUUGACCGUGGGAAUGACAGAGUGGGAUUUGCAAAAGCUGUUCACAGGAAGGAUUACUAUUGAGCCAUAAUAGCAUUUACUCUGUCUUAACUCAAACGUUAAUGUAAUGAUCAUCAACACGUGGGAGGAAGAGCUUUUUCUGAGACUCUGGACCUAAAUGCACAUUGUGUUGUCCCCAUCCAGGUUUUAAGGACUUUGCAGUGAUCCUUGUCUGAGAUGAUAUAGUUUGGUUAAAUAUCUAUAUGUUUGUAACAGAGAAACAAUUUUUCCUGAGUAACUGUCAGACACUACAGCUCUCAGGAUAAAGCAGCAGAGCAGCUCAGCACUCAGAAUUGCAAAAGAUCAGGAAGAAUAAAAAUGCUGAACUGUGCCAGGCUGACAAGAUAGCAGCAAACUAAUGAGUGGGGCAAACUAAUCUUAGUCCUGUCUGGUCUGGCUAUYCUAUUUUGUUUUGUGUGCUACUUUCCACCUCAUUUUCUACAGCUUUCUUUUUCAUCAUAAUUUUCCAUGGUUUGGGUUUUGUUCAACUUUSUUUCCUUAGUGCCAUGGAUAUUCUCUUUAAAUCAGCUUGCUCCAACCAGCUUAUAUAAACAGAAAUUUGACUGAUGCCUGGGUGGUCACUAAUUUCGACUACUGUUCCUUGCACAAUUUCCUACUCCUUACACCAUCACUUAAACAUGUCUUUUCCCUUGAGUUCAUUAUGCCUUGAAAAUUACUCUCUUUUGUGUCUYAGCAUUUGACAUCUCUGAUUUGGGUCAGGUGCUGCUUUUAGCAGCUGGCACCUUUGCCCCUGAGCGGCGUGAGCAGCUGGAGCUUUGUCUCAGCAUAAUGUCCACACUACAAAACCCAGAAUGCAGCUGGUGCAAAGGGAUACCACAGUGUUCCUCCACUUCAGAUGAGUCAUGGGAUCCAUGUGCCAGUGCUACACACCUACUGCCUCUUGCUCAGCCCUUCUUGUCAGCAGUGGCAGCAGUUUCAGAUGAAACUGCCACAGGUAGUUACUCUGAUUUGGCAAAAGAAAAUUAACUCAAAUUAUUCCCAUUGGAGUACUUGUUUGGAUUGCUAAAGCUGAUACUGCCCCUGUACACRUGAAUAAAACUUCACCAAACAAAAUUUUCUUUGAUCUUAAUGCUGUUUCAGUUAUAUUUUAUGGUUUUUUACAGUUGUUCCAGUGCUGGAGAGGAAGGCACUUGAGAGUAGACCAACAAUUGGAAAUUCAGGUUGCUCUGUGUUCCGGAGGGAAAAAACAUGUUGGCCAGUUGGAGCUGCUUGUAUCUUCCCGAAGCCAAAAAAAUGUCUGUAGUCCCAGCCCUGUGCACCCAGCAGGGCAGAGGCAUGGGGAGAUGGAGAGUGGCCCCAUAGUGGCAUUGCUGGGACAGAGGUUGGUGGCCUCCAGGGACUUGCUGCUGCUGUCUGUCUGGAUGUACCUGGCACAGACCAAAGGCAAUGUCCAUUGYAGUGUCAUGAUCACAGCCUCUUGUAUGUUAAGUCUUCAGUUGUAACACUGAAUAAGCAUUAGAAAACCAGGAUGGUUUUCCUAUAGGUGUCUCUGAAAUACUGAUCUUGCUUUCCAGUUUGAAACACUCCUUUUUUUUCCGGUGCCUGUUUUCAUGACUCUAUUUGCAGCCUCAUUGUGUUACACAUUUGGCAUCCAAGCUAUCAGCCUCUAGCAAAGGAGACUCUGCUGCCAGCUGUCUCUUUCUGCAGACAAGAUUGAGCUGUGUGAAGUUACCAUGUAUUUCAGGCCAGUCUUGCCUUGAUUCUCCUUUGUCCAUGUCACUCUUAAAGAAUGGAUUGACCUUGAGCUAACUUAUUUGUCUU